AUGUCUUUAGUUUUUAUCUACAUCAACACUGUUAUGUUUGUCACGCUGUUGAGCAAGCCUGUUUUGAGAGAGACCUCUCGCUACAUCCUCUUUGCUCACAUGCUCUUUAAUGACUCCAUUCAGCUGCUCCUCUCAACAAUAAUCGUAUUAAUCUCAUUCUGUUGCAGGCCUGUUAAAGCCGUUUGCUCCGUUUUAAUCUUAGUCACCGACUCUACCUCUAGAAUCGCACCACUUAACCUGGCCGUGAUGUCACUGGAGCGCUACGUUGCCAUUUGCUUUCCUCUGCGUCACGGUGAAUUUGCCACCGUUAAGAAAACCUACGUGGCCAUUGCUGCUCUUUGGGUCUUUGGGCUGCUGAACCCUGUCAUUGACUCACUUUACACUUCUGUGACUGACCCUAUAUUCUUCACUGGGCAGGUGUUAUGUGGUGCUGAUUUCAUGUUCACUGCUGCACCAUGGCAGAAGUUGCUCUACCAGUGUCUCAAUGGCCUGUACUAUGUGGCUGCAAUACUUGCCAUCAUCUACAGCUAUGUUUGUGUCAUGAUUGUGGCUCGGUCUGUCUCCAGUGAUGAGAAUUCUGCUAGGAAGGCGCACAGGACUCUUCUGCUGCACCUGAUUCAGCUGCUGCUCAGCCUGAACACACUGCUCUUUGGCAACAUCAUUGGCUUCCUGGCACAGGCUCUGAGCUACGACGUUUUUGUUGACGUGCGCUACAGCACCUUCCUUCUGUUUGUCCUCUUUCCCAGAUGUCUGAGUCCCCUCAUCUACGGCCUCAGAGAUGAGACGCUUCGCCACUUCUUUAUGCACUUCUUCAAAUGUGGCCGGUCUAGAGCCAAGCCCAGAGUUCACUCACUACAUUGA